AUGUGUAAGAUAUUUUGUAUUAUUUCUGAUCACACAAAUAUAAAAAGGAAAGAUUUAAGCAUAAAUUAUAAAAAUGAUGGAUCAUUCAAAAAAUUUCUUUGUACAACUAUAAGCUUUAUAGAAUAUCUUGAAUACAUCUGCCCAAUAUUAAAAAUCACUAAACCAAAGACUUAUGAUAUUUUAAAUUAUGUAAAUAAUCUUUUUUUGAAUAUGAAAGAUAAAAAGUUAAAUUAUAUACUCUCUAAUGUUUUGGAUACCUUAGGACAUAUUCCAGAAUCGUGUUGCUGGUCACAAGAAAUCAAAAAAAUGUGUAAUUUUUACAAAAAAAAUAUAAAUUACGCUUUUGAUAUUAUUAAUGAAAAUGCUUUAGUCGAAUAUGGCCAUAAUUUAAUGUAUAAAGACCUUUUGGAACUAAGUGACUCUUUUGAAGGAACUCCUCUUAAAAAGAGGUGUCUUGCUAAAGAUAAGGACAUCGAUAUUAAAAAUAUUUUUUUUGACGUUCCUGAUGUAGAUUUGACUUCAACGACAAUAUUUUCAGAUGAUGAAUCUGAUAAUAUUUUAAUAGAAAAUAAUAAUAAUAUUUUUAACAAUAAAUCUGAAUCUAACACUACUUCUAAUGAUUUAAAUAAAAAUUCAGAAGUUAAACAAGAUGUUUCAUUUACAAACAUUUCUGUUUUGACUAAUUGUAAAAAAAGAUCAUUCAUGAGACAAGAUAUUACAAGUCAAUCAUACAUUGAAGUUUACAAAGAAGAAUUAGAUAUAAAAUUUUUAGAUUUUAAUGAUCUACCAAAAAAUGUUAAAAAAGUAGCAGAAGCUUCUUUUAGUGAAGUUUAUAAAGUUGAUGAUUUAAUUUAUAAAAUUGUACCAAUGGGAAUAUGUUGCGAUACGAAAAUAGAAGAUUUUAUACGUGAAGCCAGAAUACUAAAAAUAUUAAGUAAAGAAAAGGGCAUUCCAGUAUUAAAAGACGUUCUGAUUAUUUCAGGAAAAUACGCGCCGGCUUAUUUACAGGCCUGGGAUGACUAUGGAUUUGUAGAGAAUCCAAGACCUGAUUUUUAUGAAGAAAACCAAAUGUACGGAGUAUUGGUUACUGAGGAAGGAGGUGUUUGUUUAGAAUUUUAUAAAUUUAAAACUGUUAAAGAGAUACAAAAUAUUUUAUUAGAAAUAUCAAGCAUAUUAUCAAAUCUAGAACUUAAAUAUAGUCUUGAGCAUAGAGAUUUACAUUGGGGGAAUAUUCUUGUUUUAGAUAAAAAUGUAAAAAUUAUAGAUUUCGCACUCAGUAGACUUACAUUUAAUGAAGAAAUUAUUUUUAAAAAUUUAAAUGAGAUUAGUUGGAUUUUUGACGGAGAUGAGAAAGUUGAUGAACAAUUUGGAAUUUAUAAAAAAAUGAAUAGACUUGUAGAUGAAGAUUGGAGUAAAAGCAAUACUUUAACAACCAUUUUAUGGAUGAAAUAUUUAGUAAGAAAGCUAUUUGAUAAGAUACCCAGAAAGAAGUCUGUAAGUCUUAGACAGGUUUAUUUAGAUUAUUUAGAAAAAUGUAAAUCAAUAACUGAAUUUUAUAAGAUACUAAGUUUUACAAAAAAAGAUUCUUAA